AUGACGGUCAAGACGCGUUCGACGCUUCCGAGAAAAUCGGACAAAUCGGAGAAGGAAGAGAGCCAAUAUCUCGCCAUUUCGCCCGAUGAGAUUCAGAAGCUUCAAGAGGAGAGCAAGAAGAUCCCCUACAAAAUGGAGAUUGUUUGGCGCAACGUCGCCCUGUUCACCGCCCUUCAUUUCGGCGCCGCCAUCGGCCUCUACCAGUUCAUUUUCGUCGCCAAAUGGCCUACAGUAAUCUUCGCAUUCCUUCUCUAUGUGUUCGGAGGAUUCGGAAUCACCGCCGGCGCUCAUCGCCUCUGGUCCCAUAAAUCCUAUAAGGCGAAACUUCCCAUGAGAAUCUUCCUCAUGCUUCUCAACAACAUCGCCCUUCAGAAUGACAUUAUCGAGUGGUCGCGCGAUCAUCGAUGCCAUCAUAAAUGGACCGACACCGAUGCGGAUCCGCACAACACCACUCGCGGGUUCUUCUUUGCCCAUAUGGGAUGGUUGUUGGUGCGCAAGCACCCGCAGGUCAAAGAGCAGGGAGCAAAGUUGGACCUGUCCGAUUUGACCUCUGAUCCGGUUUUGAUGUUCCAAAGAAGACACUACUUCCCACUGGUGAUUCUCUCGUGCUUCGUCCUACCAACGGUGGUCCCGGUGUACUUCUGGGGCGAGAGCGCGCUUGUCGCCUUCUACGUCGCUGCUGUCUUCCGCUACACGUUCACACUUCACGUGACUUGGUGCAUCAACAGCGCCGCUCACUACUUCGGAUGGAAGCCGUAUGAUCACACGAUCACGCCCGUCGAGAACGUCUUCACCACGAUCGCCGCCGUCGGCGAAGGCGGCCACAAUUUCCAUCACACGUUCCCGCAAGACUAUCGCACCUCCGAGUAUUCGAUGAAGUUCAAUUGGACGCGAGUGCUUAUCGACACCGCCGCCGCUCUUGGACUUGUCUAUGAUCGGCGAACCGCCAAAGAAGAGAUCAUCGAUCGGCAAGUGUCCGCCAAAGGAAACGCCAAAGAGCGUCUAAGCGCGAGAAUGUAA